UCCAAUCCCCUCCCUUCCUCCCCCUCCCCGACUGCGAGUCUAUUUAUACGCUGGCUGCUACCAAACAUCAUUUCCUCGUCUUCUAAUUCCAAAGAACAAGUUUGAGUUUGAAGAGGGCGAUACCUGAGACGCUGGAAAUGGGCGAGAAAGAGGAGAAGGAGAAGAAGGGGGACGGCGAAAAGAAGGUCGACGGGGAGAAGAAGAAGGAGAAGGAAGAAAAGCCGACCGCCGUCGAGGUCAAGCUCGAUCUGCACUGCGAGGGCUGCGCCCACAAGGUCAAGAAACUCGUCAGAGGCCUGCAAGGGGUGGAAAGCGUGAGCGCGGAUCCGGCGACAGGCAGGCUUAAGGUUACCGGGAAGGUGGAUCCAUGGCAGCUUAAGGAGCUCCUGGAGGCCAAGACCAAGAAGAAGGUCGAGUUCAUCUCCCCCAAAGACCCUCCCAAGAAGCCCAAGGAUGAAGACAAGAAGAAGAACAAAGACGAGGACGGCAAAGACAAAGAACCUAAGAAAGAAGAAGCGAAACCUAAACCCCCGGAAGUGAUCUCGGUGGUGCUCAGUAUUCGCCUCCACUGCGACGGCUGCGUCCACAGGAUCAAGAAAAACAUCUACAAGAUUAAAGGCGUCGAGGAGGUGACGGUAGACGCCGCGAAGAAUUUGGUCACCGUGAAGGGCACAAUGAACGCCAAGACGCUCCCCGACGCGCUGAAGGAAAAGAUCAAGCGCAACUUCGAGAUCGUCCCGCCCAAGAAAGAGGAAGGCGGCGGCGAGAAGAAAGAGGAGAAGAAGGGCGGGGAGAAGGAAAAGGCCGGCGGUGAGAAGAAAGAGGAAGAAAAGCAGGGAGAUGAGAAGGAGAAAAAGGAUGAGAAAAAGAAGCAGGAAGCUACGGCGUCUCUUCCACCGCCACCGCCGGCGGCAGCGGCGUCGACGACCGCGACGACAAUGGCGACGACGGUAAUCGAGGCCAACAGGACGGAUAAUUACAGUCCGUACGGAGGGUAUCCGGGAUAUGGUUACCGCAUCGAGAUGGUGCACGCCCCGCAGAUGUUCAGCGACGAGAACCCGAACGCCUGCUCCAUAAUGUGAUGGCGCUAGUCGCACCGCCCGGUGCCUGCAGACUAAUGUAACGGAUUAGUCAUUAGUGCGGACGCUAACGACGAAAGUAAAUAAGCGAAAAUGCCGCAAGGGAAAGAAAUAUCGGGAAUUAAUUUUUCUUUAUUCAAAAUUUGUGUUAUUGGUUUUAAAA